AAGCAGGCUUCUAGCUCACUUUCAAAUAGGCGCAGAGGUUGAGAUUUUGUCUACUGAUGACGAAAUAUGGUAUCCAGGAAAGGUUGUUGAUCUUAAACUGUGUGAAGGACUAGAGGAGCUGACAGUUGAGUACACGACACUCUUCGCAGACCAACAUAGACUUCAGAAACUUCAGGAUACUAUCACGGCUGACAAAAUACGUCCUGCAACACCAACUAGUGACCAAAAAUCCUUUGAGAUGAUGGAUAAGGUAGAAGUCUUUUACAACAAUGGCUGGAGCAGCGGACAAAUUAGCAUGGUACUUGGUGAUAACACAUACUCGGUGUGUCUCUAUACUUCUAUGGAAACUAUUCUAUUCAAACAUUCAGAUUUGCGAAUUCAUAGAGAAUGGAAAGAUGGAGUCUGGAAGAUGGCAGAUAAGGUGAAGCCUGAUAAGAAAAGGAAAGCUGCUGCCUCAUCACAAAAUUCAGGAAUGGAUAAUGUUUUCCUAAGAAGGAGCGAGAGGGUGCCUAAACGAUCUAGAGACACAAAAACUCCAUUCAAGUCUGAAAGAAAUCCGGCUUUAACUGUAAUACAUGAGAUUAUACCUGCAGUUGAUCCGUUUUCAACUCCUGCGGAACAUAAGCUUUCAAGGCUUCAAAAUUGGAUGACAUUAAAGCCCGGCAUGCAUGAAACGUCCCUAUCAAUCAAUGAUAAUAAGAUAAGGAAAUCUUUCUUUCAAAGCAUGGAAAAUGCAAAAAAGGACCUUAAGAAAGAGCACAUUGAUGGAGCCUUUGCAAUGCUAAAUUGCAGAAGAAAUGAGAAUGCUGCUUGGUUCCACAACUACAAGAUUCCAAAGGCGUGCUUCCUACCUAUGGAGUUCUUGCAUUGCUUGCUCUCUCAUGAUUUGGCUUACAAGAAAGAAAAGGUCAAAGGUAAAAAGAUUUUCAACGAUUUAUUUAAAGAUAUUGUAAGAGGGAAGGUAUAUCCAGAGAAGACAUGGGGAGAAGAUGUUGAUGUUGUGUAUGGGAUUACUCUUGGAAAAAAAAGCAAUGUCUGGAUUGGGAUGGAAAUUCAUUUGAAGAAGAAAAGAAUCACAGUAUAUGAUUGUUUUCAAAAGGAAAGCAACAGCAUUGAUAUUCCUCAAGUGAAAAAGUUGGCAGUGUUGAUUUCUGAUCUGCUGGUGGAAUCUUCUGGUGAUGAGGUAGAUAAAGUGAAGAUGAUUCCAUUUGAGGUUGAGCAGGCACAAGGUUUACCCAAGACAAAACAUCCUUUCAACUGUGGGAUAUUUCUUGUCAAGAUUCUGGAGUGCCAGUCAUUGAAGAUAGGAGACAUGACAAAGAUUAAUGAUGACAAUGCAUUGGAGCUAAGGAGAACCUUGUCUUGUGAGAUCUUCAACCAAUUUGUGGAUGAGAGCUUUGGGAAAUGAGAAUGAUGCAUCAAAACAUUUUUUGUUUUAGUUAAGACUCGGUUUUAGUUAUGACUGUUUAUUUUGUUAUGUUGUUGGCGUCUGGUUACAUAAGAAAGAUUGGAAGGAUAUCAAGUA